UUCACCCCCUCCCAUUCCCAAGCCUUCCAUUAUUUUCUCUCAAUUUCUCUCAAUUUCUCUCGUUUUCCCAGAAACCAUCUCACCAUUUUCUCAGGCUUCUUUUGUUUCCUUUCCGAUUUCCAUCUCUCCAAAUCAAUGAAGAAAUCCGGCUUCUUUGCUGCUUCUGUAGCUGCAGCUUCUGCUAUAUCUGUUACUCCUUCUUCAUCUUCUACCUCAAGCUUUAGUUGUAAUUCUAAUAUGCCUCUUUCUCGUGAGGAAGCUAGCUCAAAGAAAGAACAUGAGAGAUCAGCUUCCACAGACAAGUUUGCACCCAGGUUUGAUGGGUUGAGGUUUAUUGAAACGCUGGUUACUGCUCACCGAUGACAUUCUUUUUCUGGCUUUUAGGAGCUUCACCAUCACUGCCUUUAACUGUCCAUCCUUUUAUUUCUCUCUUUUUAUUUUAGAAGAAAGAAUGAGAAAUUAAAAAAAGGAAAAAACAUCAUUAAAAGGUCUGAACUUUAGUUUUUGUUUUCUUUUUUUUGUGUUUUUUUUUUCCUUCAUAGCCUGUAUUAGAUGUGAUUAAGAGCAAAUUUGUAAUGUUUGAGUCUUGUGAUAAUCUUCAAUACUUUAAAAAAAAAAAAAAAAAAAAAAAAAACUCUUUUAUGUUAAGGAUUUAGUGGUGCGUGUUUUUGCCAUUUAUUUUGGGUUGCAUCACUGAGUUGACACCUGGCAGAGAAUGAUUGCUAGUCAAAAUGAUGUGUUAUGUGAUGAACUAUUCUAUAGGAUGAGAACAACGGGAGUUAGCCCCAAUCCAAA